CACCGCUGAUUCCUGCGCUCUUCAUACAAAACCCGUUUUACAGCCUUAUUCUGAGUCAGAUGAAGGCUGCUAUAGGUUUGGUAUCGAAAGUACUUCACGACUGGAAUUUGAAAAGCUACCAUCAGCGAUCGAUGCUAAGGGAGAGUUCACUCUCGCCUUUCGCGCCAGUGCUUUCAGCGGCGUCCUCUUGUACGCGACGGAUAGAAAUCGUGAUUUUAUCAUCUUAUACAUGAAGAACGGCAAACUGAUCUUCAGUUUCGACAGCGGUUCCGGUGCCAUUUCCCUCGAAUCGAGAAGAAGUUUACUGGACUAUCAGUGGCACCAGGUGAAAGUAAACAGAACCGGUCGUAAAGGUCAGCUUUGGGUGAAUGACAUUCUUGAAGCAGAAGGAGAAUCACAAGGUGCUACGGAUAGAGUGGAAACACUACGUCCGUUUUUCGUUGGUGGCCUUCCCGUUGAACUCUAUCGUAUCGCCGAGAAACAGAAAGUUGUAGAUGAAAGUGUAGCCCCGAUUUUUGCGGGUUGCAUCAAAAAUCUAAGACUCAACGACGAGCCACUGGGCGAUCCGUCAACCGCUGCUGGAACAUCGUCUUGUAGUGAAGUGUCAGAAGAAGGCUUGUAUUUUGGGGAAAAUGCCGCUUACGCGAUAGUUGAUGAGAAUUUUAAUGUUCUAUGGAGUACGUCUCCUAUAGUAACAUUUUGCAUUAAUUGAUG